AAACUUAGAGCAUAUUUGAUGCGUGAUGAUCGAAGAUUAAAGGAAAAUGCUGGUCCUUGGACUAUUUUGCAUUAUUUAGUCAUAGAAAUCUUAAAACCAAAGGGAUAUGUUUUAUUUUACCAACAACCUGAUUUGUCACAUUCAGAAGAAGAGAAGCAUUAUUAUCAACUUACAUUAUCUAAUGAAUUUUGAUUACGGAAUGGUAAAGAAUUUGGCCAAACAUGUAUUGGAAUGGAUUCUAAACAUGAUUUAAACAAUGAUAGAGCUCCAAUAUUAGUUUUUGUUAUUGAAAACAAUUCUGGUUCUGGAACACCACUUGCUUUUGGAUUAAGCAAUAGGGAAAACCAAUGGACGAUAAAAUUAUCCAUAUCUGCAGUAAAAAAAAAUAUUCCAUGUAAUCAAGAUGGUUGUGAACAUAAAUGGAGCUAUAUGGAUUUAUCAAAUGGAAAAGGAUUUGAAAGAAUAAGAGAAUGCAAUUCUUUUACUUGGAAUCCUUUAGUUAUGAUUGAUAAGCACAGGCCAUCAAAAAUUGCUAUAACUAAUGUUUUACAUGGAAGUAUACUGUGUUGGUUCCAUAUUAUGCAGACUAUUGGAGAAAACUUUAAUCAAUUAAAUAUACCAUGGUCAUUACGAUAUCCUUUAGCAUUAGCAUUUAAAGUUAUUGGUCGAAGUAGAACUGAAGAAGAAUCUAAGGAGCUUGGUUUACUUUAUCAUGAUUUUGUUAAUUCAUUAAAAUUAUCAGAUAAUAUUAAACAAAAAUUAAUAACAGAUUUAGACCAAAAUUGGUUAUGUGAUGAGUGGAGAAUAUCUUUUAUUGAUGCUGGACGUAUUUUACAAAAUUUUGAAUGUGUAAUGACUACAAAUAAUUUUACAGAAAGGUUAAACAGAACAAUAGAAGCAAAUUAUACUGGAAUUCAAACUGUUGUACACUUUGUAGAGCGUCUAUAUGGAAUAAAAUUAAAGAGAGAAAAUUUAACCGAAAAUACUGGGCAAUUUCAAUUUGAAGCGGGUUUAGCAACAUUAUUUGACAUGAAAUCAAUUGAAGUACAAAAUUGUCCAAAAAAACUAUCAUCUGAUAAGCUUCGAAGACUUAACCAUGGAAGACUUUAUUUUCUAUUAGGAUUAGUUGAGCCUUCAAAUAAUGCCAAUUAUUUCUAUAUUCGAAAAUCCGAUAAUUCGCAAAUAUUAGAAUCUCCAUUUAAUGGAAAAUUUGUUGAAUUGGAUAGUGAAGCGAUAAAUAAUCUAAAACCUUUAUUUAACAAACUAGAAAAAAAACAUUUUGAUAAUGUUAUGCAUAGAGAAGGAUUCUAUUUGGCAAACAUUUUAACGGGUGAAUGUAUGCUUUGUUAUGAUUUCAUUUGGAAUGGGCCAUUCCGAGAUGUUUGUAAGCAUGUCGUCUUUUUAAUAAUGCUAAUCAGCAUGAUUUGGAUAAAACAUUAUUCAUCCAACAAACAAAAGAAAGUUUAGUUUCUUAUUUUAAAAGUAAAGAAAGAGUAAUUUUUGCAGAAAACAAAAAUAGAUUAAUAUAUGAAGGAGAUACUGAUACAGCAUAUAAUGAGAUAGUUAGGCUUUAUCAUUUACAAGGUGGAUCAAUCUUUUUACCGAAAAAUAAUACUUCCGAGCGAAAUUCAGAUCCCUUUAGACCAUCAGAAUUGAAUAAACACAAUGUUUCUAAUAAGGGAGCGCCUCCAAAA